AUGGACAACGGCGCGCCAUGGCCCAAUGCGUUGGCUGAAGGAACUAUCGCCAAUGCCAAUCCAGACACAGACCUAAGACUAGGUAAAAUAAGGGACACUACGCAAGUCCUUCAUACUACGACCGACGGAAAGAUACUUCCCGAGGAUUCCAAUGUCGAUAUCCAUCAGGUAUUACCUCCCCUGGAAGUCAGAAAGACAGAAAAGGUAAAAGCUGCUUUUGUGACACUUGCCGGAAACCGAGAGAUAUAUGGAUUGUUACUGUCCAUUACUCAUGUUGAAGACCGCUUUAACGGAAAAUUUAACUAUGAUUGGGUGUUCUUCAAGGAUGUACCAUUUACCGAAGAAUUCAUCAAGUUGACCACGUCGGCGAUCUCAAGCAUAUGGACAGAUUUCUUUGAAUUUUUGGGUCAUAACGGAGGCUUCUUCUACGAACGAUGGGGCGACGCUCCAGUGCACAAUAUCGCCGCUAGUUUAUUCUUGCCUAAAGAGAGAAUUCAUUUCUUUGAUGAUCUUGGCUACUGUCACAAGCCCUACAAUUCGUGCCGUUCAGAAAUGCAGUUUAGAGUGGACCCUAAAUGUGCUUGUGAUCCAGGAAUGGAAGCUGGUGUUCCAAAAGAAUGUGGAAUAAAGUACUACGAUGCUAUGGGGAUUCCAAACCCUUGGCCAGAUAAGAAAAUGCAGGAAAAAGAGAAACAAGAGAAAAUGAAGGAAGAAGAAAAAUAA